GUUCGCCGCUGGAUUUGGAUAAAAUGUGUGUGACGUUUUUAGCGACCUUGGAUGCGGAGAGGAAGGUCGUGGUCAAGUUUGUCGAUCGUUGUAGUGAGGAGGUGCACAGGUUCAAUUUGGCGGGGCUUGAGCUGGCGCCGGGGAUUCUCUAUGUUGGGCCAAUUGGCGAGUCGUACGGCAAGCUGCGGAUAGUCGUUACUAUGGAGUACAUCCAAGGUCGAACACUCGUGGCUGAAUAUCGUGAUGGACCACCGUCAAGAAGGCUGUCAAGGAGGGUCUCGAUGCACUAAGACUUGGUUUAUGGAGAUCUUCGUAGGCAAAAUAUCAUGAUUGCCGAUGAAGAGAACCGGGAAGGUUGGAGAGGUGAGAUAUCCGCUUCAUUUGGCCUCUUGCAUAUCCGAGGUCUCUGGCGCACUGGAGUAUGAUCUCUAGACUCGCUAGCCAGUCGAC